GGUGACCCAGGGUUGAGUGUGUCUCAUGUUGGAUCCUCAAUUUUCCCGCCACAGCAGCCACACCGCCAUCCAAGGCGCUGCAAUGGAGGAGCCACAGUCAGAACUCAUCAUCGAGCCCUCUCUGAGUCAGGAGACAUUUUCAGACUUGUGGAAUCUACUUCCUCAAAACAAUCUUCUGUCCACUGAGCUGUCCCCACCAGUGGAUGAACUGUUGCUGUCCCCAGAUGUUUCGACCUGGCUGGAUGAAGAUCCAGAUGAAGCCACCAGAAUGCCAGCAGCUCCCGCACCAGUAGCCUCUGCACCAGCCACCUCCUGGCCCCUGUCAUCCUUUGUCCCUUCCCAGAAGACGUACCCCGGCUGUUAUGGCUUCCGUUUAGGGUUUCUGAACUCUGGGACAGCCAAGUCUGUUACUUGCACGUACUCCCCUGCCCUCAACAAGCUGUUUUGCCAGCUGGCAAAGACCUGCCCCGUGCAACUCUGGGUCAGCUCACCACCCCCAACUGGCACCCGUGUCCGUGCCAUGGCCAUCUACAAGAAGUCAGAGUACAUGACGGAGGUCGUGAGGCGCUGCCCCCACCAUGAGCGCUGCUCUGACAAUAACGAUGGUCUGGCCCCUCCUCAGCAUCUUAUCCGGGUGGAAGGAAAUUUGCAUGCCAAAUAUGUGGAGGACACAAACAGUUUUCGACACAGUGUGGUGGUGCCCUACGAGCCACCUGAGGUCGGCUCUGACUGUACCACCAUCCACUACAACUUCAUGUGUAACAGCUCCUGCAUGGGGGGCAUGAACCGGCGGCCCAUCGUCACUAUCAUCACACUGGAAGACUCCAGUGGUAAUCUGCUGGGACGGAACACCUUUGAGGUACGUGUUUGUGCCUGUCCUGGGAGAGAUCGGCGCACAGAGGAAGAAAAUUUCCGCAAGAAGGGGGAGCCUUGCCCUGAGCGACCCCCUGGGAGCACUAAGAGAGUACUACCCACCAGCUCCUCUCCUCCGCAAAAGAAGCCACUGGAUGGGGAAUAUUUCACCCUUCAGAUUCGUGGGCGUGAACGUUUCGAGAUGUUCCGAGAGCUGAAUGAGGCCUUGGAGCUGAAAGAUGCUCAGGCUGGAAAGGAGCCAGGGGGAAGCAGGGCUCACUCCAGCCACCUGAAGUCUAAGAAAGGGCAGUCUACCUCCUGCCAUAAAAAACUGAUAUUGAAGAGAGAGGGGCCUGACUCGGACUGACAUCCUCUGAUUCCUGUCCCCGAUUGACACCCCCAUCCUCACCCCCUUCCCCGGCAUUUUUGGGUACUCAGGCGCUUGAGCUUAGGCUUGAUACAGGUGUGCCUCAGAAACCCCCAGGAAUUCUUCCAUUUGCCUUGGCCUGGGACUCCAGUAAAGAAAUCGGCCUGCACUGGUGGUUUUCUGGGGAGGUGGGGGGGUGCUAGAACAUUCUAGCUUAGCUUUUAAUGUUUUUACUGUGAGGAACGUUUGGGAGAGGUAGUGAAAUGUUCCUCUGUGUAAGGAACAUUUUAGAACCAGGCAUACACUGGGUUGGAAGCCCAGUUCCCCACCGUAGUAGCCAAGGAAGCUGGCUAGUUAUUGAAUUUCUCCUAACUUCGUUGUCCACAUUUAUAAAGUGCCCAUAAUUAUACCUACCUCACAGGAUUUGUUGUGAGGGAUGAUGAAAUAAUGUAUGUCUGGUCCUGAAAAUGCCCUUUAUCACACGAUGUCUGGGACUUGUUGCUGUCUUGGGGGCUGGCUCCCUGUCCCUGCUGUUGGAUGUAUUGAUAGUUUCUCUGACUGGGCAGCUAGUUGAGGUAGGGAAUUUCCAAGUUUCUUCUCUGCUGGCCAGGCCAAAUCCUAUCUAACCUCUUGGUGAAGCUCAACACCUGAGAGGAAAUCUCACCCCGUCCCACACCACAGAGGAUCCCAUCCCUGGUCUGUCUACUGAGAUCUGUUUUACUUCUCCCGAAUGCUCAGGGCUGAUUUCUUUUGCACUCUGCAAGGCACAUCUGCAU